AUGGGUAGAACUACACAAACAAAAUCGGCGCCGAAAAAAGCAGCCGCGGCCUCCACCCACCCUAAAUAUGAAGAUAUGAUUAAGGCCGCUAUUAUUGCCUUGAAAGAACGAAAGGGUAGCAGCCGUCAAGCCAUUAAGAAAUGGAUCCUGAAUACUCAUAAACUACCCGAUAAUCCAACAACUACUAGUCGCAUUAAGCUUGCCAUUAACAAAGGUGUUGAAAAACAGCUUUUCGCCUUCAAUAAUGGACCAAGUGGCACUAUUAAACUCGUAAAGAAGGAACCCAUCAAAAAAGAAAAGAAAGAAGUCGAAAAGAAGGAAAAACCCAAGAAGGAAAAAAAGGAAGUCAAGCCUAAAGCUGAAAAGAAAGCGACAGCUACCACUAAGAAAACGACUCCCAAAAAAGCACCCACUAAAAAAGCCGCUCCAAAAAAAGCUGCUCCAAAGAAAACCACUAAAACCGCAGCAACCAAGAGAUCAGCUACCAAGAAGACUACUACCUCAAGGACAAAGAAAGCUUCUGAAGCAUCAACUUAA